CCCAGCAAACCAACGAAACCAAUAUGAAAUUCCUCAUCUGUUUGGCGCUUUGCAUUGCCGUCGCCCAAGCUGGCUUAUUGGCUGCCCCCGUGGCCACCUAUUCAGCUGUGGCUCCAGUUACCAGCUACUCGGCUGUGGCACCAGUUGCCACCUAUUCGGCUGUAGCCCCUGUUUCCACCUACUCGGCUCUGUCUCCACUCAGAUCCUACUCCACUUAUACUGCUCCAGUCUACAGGACGUAUGCUGCCACCGUUGCCGCUGCCCCUGCCGCCGUCUACUCCGCACCGUUGACCACCGCGUAUGCUGGCACAGCUGUUGUUAGUCCCUUCCUGAAGAAGUAGAACACGAUAAUACAUUGAAGAUGUGACCAUUGGAAUAAUUGCGAAAUAAAAUGAAUAUAUG